CCCUGCUGGACUGACGAGUUGACGUCACUCCUUGGACUCACGCAUUUGCGCACAUGCGCAAUUCAGCCAUUUCCUUUUGUAGUUCGCUGCAGACACGAGUACAGCUGCUCCUGAAGUUGCACGUUGCUUAUAUAACAUUCUGUUGUGUUGCCGUGUGCGUUAUUGAGAACAAAACCACACACAAACACAUACUAGCAACAAGCACUGUAUUCACAUGCUGGGAUUGGAGGUCAAUAAAUCUGUUGAACUAAAACCAAAGGUUGCAGCGACUCUCUUAUCGGAGUACAUAGCCAGCUCGGGUAGCGCCAGCACAUAACGUACACGACUUCACAAGUGGUCCUUCGAGCCGGAUUUUGCCCCCCCCCGCUGCGCUAUGGCAGCCUCCAAGGAUUACGACAGAGAGCCAGAUGUCCGAACUCGUCCCAGCAGAGUAAGACAGCGCCCAGGGUACCUUGCGGACUUCGAGCUUGACUAUCCAGCCAAACAGCUUCCGCCAUUCAAGGGACCCCUCCAUCAGGCUACUGAGAAUCUGUUGUGUAGCGACCGAGCCCAGGAUGACCUUGCCACGCCUGACCAAAGCCUGCAUAGGAUUCGCGAGGAGGAACGAUGGCAGCGCCUUGAAGCGCGCUAUAAGGACAUGAGUAAACAGCUGGAGGAACUGCAGAUUACGAUGGACAGUGCUAAACGCAUGCCUUACCCUCAAAGCUGCCCAGCAUAUCCUCCGCAUUACCCUCGGUAUCCUCAACAGUACUCCAGCCUGCCUCGGCUAGAGUUAGGUAGCCCAGUCCACAGUCCCCUGUGGAACACUACCUCAGCUGUCAGAGAACCCCUCCAGCAGUCAGCAACCCUGUUGGGUUCCCCAUCACAGCAGCCUAACCUCAUGCCAUCCCAGACGGGAGAACAACACGGACAAGGCCAACCCACUUACACCCUGCCAGCCCUUACGUCCAGGCAACAGGUAGCUAUGGAUCACGCUGUACCUGCUCACCACACCUCUCUGCCUUCACUUUGUCCUGGUCAGGAUACUGCUCUGCAUCCACGGCUGUGCCCACAGUCUGCUCUACAUCAGGCUCCCGCUUUGCCCAGCCCGACAUGCUUCAGCCUCGUCUCCAGCCUCCAAAUCCUCCCCCUCAGCAUCCUCUUCCUCCACCGCUACAGUACCAAUCUUACUCUGCCUAUCCUCCUUAUCCAGCUGGGUUGUAUUAUCCAUCGUAUGCGCCACCUCCACCAGGACAACCACUACUGA